UCUGUUAGAAGCUUCCGUAGUUUGAGUCACAUGAAUGGUUUGUUAUGGUCAGAUCUGCUGAUUACUGUUAAUGUGUGCCUUAAAUGUCACUCUAUUUACGGUCCACUGUUUGGGAAAAUACAAGCCCAGAAAAAGCUAAAUGGUUACAAAACUGUCGCGUAGGAGAAAUAAGCGGGGCGAUAUUGCAGUGAGCGGAAGUCGUUUCUGGUUUGUGUUUACGCAAAUGACCGAAGAACAUCGCUAAAUCGACCUGACUGUUCCUCCAGCUAGCUAACGAUAGCCGCUGAGACACGAAGACAUGCUUCGGUGGAUCCUCGGUGGCCGGGAAGCCCAGGGCUCCGUGGAGAAAAGCUCUGUGCUGUGCAUUGGAGAGGAUCAGCCCAAAAACUGGUUCACUGAGCUGCAGGUGCUGAAAGGACAUUUUGACAUUGUUCGAUUUCUGGUGCAGAUUGAUGACUUCAGAUGUGCCUCAGCAGGAGACGAUGGCCUUGUCUUGAUUUGGAACAUUGAGACUGGUGAGCGGCUACAGGAGCUGAGGGGCCAUUCUCAGCAAAUAACAGCUAUAACAACCUUCACCUGUAACACUGGACACACAUCUCAUACUUUGCUUAUCACAGCAUCUUCAGACAGAAGCCUGAGCUUAUGGGACCCAGAUACAGGAAACAGGGUUCAGACCAUUUCAGAUCUUCAGUCCUCUGUAAAGUGUUUGUUGGUGCUGGAGCGUCUUUGUAUGUGGGUCUCCGGUGGGGAAGAACUGUGUGUUUGGAGCAAAGACUUCCAGCUACAGUGUCACAGACAGAACCACAGCGACACAGGAAUAAGCGCUUUGAUAGAGCUGCCCAAGAACUGCAUAGCAGCUGCGAUGGAUAAAGAAAUUGUGAUCUAUCGGGUGACGGUUUCCACUGAUUCUUCUGUCUCGGUGGCUGAAAUUCAGUGUUUGUCCAACCACCAUGACCAGAUUCGAGCUCUCAUCAAUGUCACUGAUGGGCUCUUCGCAAGUGGUUCCCAUGCGGGCGAGUUGAUCUUAUGGGACUCUAUUGACUGGAGCAUCCAGUCUUAUGAGCACAUCCUGUGGGAGGAGUCACAGUCUUCUGCCCAGGCUGAAAUACGUCUGGGCGCCCCGAAACCCAGCGAAAUGUCCAUCCAGCAUCUGUCCACCAAUGGAAAGCUCAUCCUUGCAGCUGUGGGCAGUGGCCUGUAUGUGUACAGUGUUCUGACCAAAACAGUGGUGGCCUACAGGAAGGUUGCCCAUGACUCGAAUGUCUUACACACCAUGCUGCUCUCUGACAACAAGCUGAUAUCCUGUUCUGAGGAUGGCAGCGUGAGAAUGUGGGAGAUCCAGGACUUGCCUUUGCCCGCUGAACCAGCCUCGUCAGGUUUCUUUGGAAUGUGGACUUUCGGACGGUCAAACAAACAGACUGGACCUCCAUCAAAGAAGGUCAUGGAUGUCCCGAACAUCCGGAUGCUGGAGUUGACUGGUGAUCUGAUCGGACACUCAGGGGCAGUGCAGAUGUUUCUCAGCUUCAAGGAGAAGGGUUUGGUCACAUGCUCAACAGACCACCUACUGAUUCUGUGGAAGGAUGGAGAAAGACAGUCUCAACUGCGUAGCCUGGCAUUGUUUCAAAAGCUGGAGGAGAAUGGAGGACUGUGACCUUGGACCCUGGAGUCAUUGCUUCAGAAAAAGAGUUGAAGGUUGUUGAUCAGUGCCACAGAUUAUUGGUGUUACUGUAGGUGUAGUUGUUUACUGAUAAUGUUUUCACAUUUUGACUAAAAUCAAAUUGUUCUGAACUGUGUAAUCAUGAGACUGUAGAUUUUAAAAACCAAAGUCCGGUCACAUUGCUAAAACCAUCUGAACUACUUUAGUUAAACCUAAAGAACCUAAUGCAGCAGCUCUGACAGCAGUUCUUGUUUCACAGGGCUAUAAUUUCUCAGUUCCUUUAAGUCAACUUUCUGACAGCCUUGGUUAAAAAACAGAGAAAUGAUAGCCUCACAUAGGAAGGCAUAUGGACAGAACUACUGCAUUAGGUUUCCAAGUGUGACUGAAGGGACCAGUGAGACAGCUUCACUGUGCCCUGUUGUUCACUUUUAUAUUGUACAUAUGUGCAUGUCAAGAAGCUCCAACUUGAUUCUGCCUUCCUGUAUUAAUAAUGCUCUCUUCAACCAUUUACUGUAAUUAUCUUCAGGGUGUGGAAGUGAGUUAUAGCCACUUUAGGAGGUGAUAAACGAGCUGAACUCUGGUCAAGUUGCUCUAUAAAGCACUAUCCGUUGUGUGUGUACUACUGUUUGGUGCUGCUUAAUUACCUCCACUGUCUUUUGUGCCUCAUUUGGUGUAAAUGAUUUGUGUAAAUGGCUGCUUGUGCCUCGCUGGCUAUUAAAACCUUUCAUUGUGUCCUCAGA